CUCUCCACCUCCAAGGAGCUAAUCAGUCAGGAGCAGGCAGAGUUGGGGUGGAGGAGAGGUGGGGAAGUGGAAGAGGGAACAGAGACACUGGCUGGCAAGGACACACUCUCACAGAGGGAAGCUCCCCACGUCUGCAGUUGGGCUUACAACAGGAUGGAUGGAGCGAGUGAGCUGUGUGAGCAAUGAAAGCAAAAGCUGACAUGAAUUGUGUUGGGAAGACUUUUUGUGCCUUCGUUCUGCUCACCGUCGCUGUGGCCAUGGUACCAAUGGGUUCUCAGGCAAGAAAUUCCACCGGAUCUGAUACUGAGCCAAGCCAAGAAAACAAUUCAAGCACUGGCAAGAAGCAAGAUUUCCAGAAUGCACAAAGUCCAACCCUCUGUAAUGAUAACAUCAACAUGUCUAAAAUAGCUGGUUCCAGCUUUAAUCUAAUCUGUGAUAACAUUUCAAGGGCGGAUCUGGUAGUAGUGACAUGGAAGAUAAGACCAAGGACUGGAAAUCACUGCACACUGGCAUACAGAACUGAUCGGAACAAGACAGACAGAACAAACUGCAGUGAGAGAAUGGAUUGGAAAUCUAGCCCUGAAACUGAUAGUGCACUUUGGAUACAGCAAGUGACACUUAUGGAUGAGGGAUGUUAUAUCUGUGAAAUGGCAACUAGUGGUGGAAAUUUGCAUCGAACCUACACUCUGACUGUAUUAGUCGCUCCUGUAGUGACCUUGACCUGUGACAGUAAUGGGACCGCUGUGUGCAAGGCAGCUGCAGGGAAACCAGCUGCACAGAUCUCUUGGGACCCAAAUGGAGAUUCCAGGACUGAGCUUAAAAAUCACACAGAUGGGACAGUGACUGUGCUCAGUAUAUACAGACCCAGAGAGACCAGUAUAACCUGCCUGGUGUCUCAUCCGGCUUGGCACACCAGCCAAUCCAAGGAAUGUGCAUCAGAAAAUCAUGGAAACAUGUUUCUUCAGUAUUUCGCCAUCUCUGCUGGUCUCCUGGGCAUCCUCUUCAUUCUGGCUUUACUUUUCCUCUAUAAGCUCCACUGUGGCAGAGUUUGUUAUAAGUCCAAAAUCCCUGAGACUGCUCCCCCACGCAACGUGCAGGAUAGUAAUGAGCAGCAGGAGUUAGAGCCCUACGCCAGCUACGUGCAAAAGGAAAACGUGAUCUACAGCACAGCGUAUGAAGUAACAGUGAGUGAAGACCUCCCUCCAGGGCUCCAGUCAGCAACGUGAGAAUCCAGCUGGGCCUGACUCACUACCUAUGUGAAGAAGGGGAACAGGUUGCAGGGAAGAUUAAUGAUACUGCAUUCCUUCCAAAAGAGGAUUUCCAUCACCAAACACUUUCUUCGUGGGAAGCAAGGAUUUUGGGAAGCAAAGAUCUGCAUAGCCAUCGGGUGCCUCCAAACAUAUCUGCUUGCUGAUCAAUUACUCUUGUUUCCUCUUUCCCUUUUUGUCGUCCCCUAUUCCCAUCCUGGGAAUUAGCACUGUGAAGGACAGAGUGACCCACUGCCAUUGGUUUCGCCAUGGACAGCUCUUGUGCUCACAGGUCCCCACUGACUGUCCUGACUUCAGCAAUCCAAACAUCUGACAUUCACUUUUGGGCAUUAGUUGUGUGUCACUUUGGGAGGGAGAGGAGGAUGGAAACACUCACUGACCAAGUCUACUGUAAUAAUAAGGGCAUUGGUUACAAGAAGAUAGAUCAGCUGGAAUGGGAGAUCAGCUGAUUAUCUCCUUAUCCUCCCAAUCCUGGGAAGAAACACUCUCUAUUGAGGAGGUCCAUUGUGUAGGAGGCUGGUUCACAGACCUGCUGAAUAACUUGUCAGGUCCCCCAUUGAACACAAAAUGUUUUCUAUAGUCUGUACUAAAUUACAAGUCAUUCUCAUGAGUCUUCCCCUGGUGGAAUCUCCUCCUUCAGGGAGCAAAGGCAUUAACAUACUGCAAUAGCUUAAUGGUCCAGCCACUCCAUUAAUCUGUUUCUAAUUAAUCUAAUCCAAUGCCAAAUGUUUCAGGAAAAGAAGCAAAACACUGAUAAUGCAUCUACUGGGACUGUGCAAUAAUGGACCAAGCCAGGAUAAUUUCUUCCUGUCCUCAGCUAGUACUCGGUUUGUCUUGAAGCAUAAGAUUUGCUGGCCCUUGUAAUAUUUAUUUUAACUAAUGUUAAUUGCAGAGAGUGGUUUCAAUUAUAUGCUGAAACCUUUCCUUGAAUCUUAUUAAGCUAUUUUUUCUAAGUAUAGUUGCAGCACAAGGUUAAUUUACUUCAUAUAAAAAUGAGUUUAUCCAUUUCAAACAUAUUAUCUUUUAAUUUCAUCAAAGGGCCUCUUGUCCAUGCGUUAUGGACAGAGGUAAAUAGGACAAGACAGUUGUCCUCUCUACCAGCAUUUCUCAACCUUAUUGGGUGGGUGAGCCCUUAUCUGAAGUAAAAAAAUUUCAUGACCUCCAUACUUUACUAUAACGGUAGGAGUAAAAAAAAAAAAAGUAUUCAUGCUGAGUCUGUAUGAUCUGUUUGUGUGUACUUACUGAGAGGUUGACAGAGGCCACCUGACCUUGAAGGGUAGGGAUGUGCAGGCCAGGGGGAUGGGGGGUAAAAUUUUCUUUGCGUUAGACUAUAAUACAAUUUUCAACAUCUCAUAAUCCCCCAGUAGCCUUUUGUGACCCUCCUGGUUGAGAGAAACAUGGCUUUCUAUUGGUCUCCUUUCCAAGCUGCUGUAAACAGCCCUAGACUCAAACCUUUCCUCCUAUGGAAGAGCUACCCCACUCCUCAAUCUCCUAAACACACCUGUUGCCCUUCUCCAUUUCUGAAGUGUCCUUUUUGCAUGGAGGUGGCCAGAGCUGGACACUGAAUUCACGGUUAGGAAGUUCCUUGGGCUUGGAAUUUCCCAGGAACCUAAAGGAGUUUAGCACACAACUCCCAAUGGAUUGUAAUGGGACAUGGCCACCAAACUCCUCUUGGUUUCUUUGAAAGUCCCAGUCAUCACAGAAGUAAUGUUGUCAUAACAAUCUGUGUUGCUGUCCUAAUAUAGCCAGAGAUUCAUUCCCUUUUUGCCCACCCCUGGGUGUUGAGCAGUCACCCCCUCUGCAUUGUCAACAAGACCGAUUCCCCCCCGCCCCUUGAAACUACAGCUGCUGUAGAUCAGAGCGCAGCAAUGUAUAGCAGAUUGCCUCUUUCAGUGUACACUACCUUGCAUGUGUCUAUAUUGCAUUCCAUCUGCCAGCCUGUUGCCCAGUUACCUAGUUUUGUUAGGCCUUUCUGGAGUUAUUCAUAUGCCUUCACUAAGUCAAUUUAAUUUUUUCCAGGCCCAGUCUCUUGCCACUAUUAAACAGUCUGGUUUUUCUCACUCUUUCUGGCUCUAGGUUACGUAGACUAUCCCUUCUUUGCAAAAAAGCCACUCCUCCCACAGCACCAGAAUGCUUAGGUCAGGGAGUCCCACAGCCUGCUUGUGCAUCUAGUCCUCUCAGUGUGUGUGUAUGUAUAAACCCCAGUGACUGAUUACAAGCAGGUUAGCCCUGACUGAACAAGAGGGGACACAUUAGCAAGAGACUUGGAACAAAAUCCUGCAUGCACGCUAUACGCUGAAUGCUGCUUUCAGUUAAAACCUUGCACUUAUUCCUUGAAGUUAAUGGCUUUACACAGGUGCAACAGCAGUGUCCGACCAUAUGAGAAUAAAUCAGAGCAAGUUUUACCUCCUG